CUUCCUUGCAAACUUUUAUACACAAGCAUGAAUAUAGUCUCAUAAUCCUGCUGCUUCCUGUUGUCCUCAACCUUAACCCUGCGAAACAUAAUUCAAAUGUAAAUGAAUGUAGUGCGGUACCAUCAUAUUACAUUCCCUGCCAUAUUUUUGUUGUUAAGGCUGUCUGUUCUUCUAUAUAACAUGACUGAUUGUGUCCGGAGAGAACCUGUUUUGUCAUUUUCCUUGAUGCACAAUUGUUCUCAUAUCGUCACUGUCUCCAAGAAUACAACUAGACAUGUGCAGGCAUGAUGGUUUCAUAUGGACAGACACCUGAGGAAUUUCACAAUUAUUUCACCCCAUGCUGCUGGAAAACACCUUUAACUGCCAGUUUCCAGUUACAACUUCAUGUGUAAAACCGAAACUGCGGUGUAUGCCCCCUUCUCUUAUCACUUACAGUAGAUCAGAUUAAUCAAAAUGUCAUGCUGGUUACAACAUGCAUUUUUUUAUGUUGUAGUCUGUGUCAUUAAAGCCUCACUCUUUAAACCACACCUCCAGCUGACAACAAAUAUUUCCUCUCUGAACACAGAGCAUAAAAAGGGCUUGCAGGCUGACUGAGGAAGGGUGUUUUUUCUUCUCUAUAUUCAGUACUUGUUUCAGUUCAUGCUGUGUGUACGGUGCAUGUUUCCUCAGCAUGUUUUUUGCACAGACAGAGUCUCCAGGAUCACUUUGAGGAUCUAACAAGCCGACUGUUGAAUUUGACGGAUCACAGUGAAGGGGAAUCAGUGCCUGAGAAGAAGAUUGCGGGUAAGAGGCAGCUACCACCAACUCCAAAACAAAAAGGAUUUACCCUGCUUGGCAACAUAUUUAACCGUUACGCAUCCAAUUGCUUUGGCAUAACGUUAAAUAGGACUACUUUGACAUCAACUUCUUCAAUUGCUUCUCAAUGACUUGUUCUGCACGAGUAUCAAAUAUGUCUCUAAAUGACACAUUUGACCACUGCAAAGUACCCAAUAAUUCCACAUAUGAAGUCCUCUCCUGGGUGAUGGUUGGAGAGUUCGUGCUGGGUCUGCCUCUCAACCUGUCGGUCCUCUACAUCUUCAUCUUCAGGUACAAGUUCUGGAAGAACAAAAGUAUCUUCCUGUUCAAUAUUGUGGUUGCGGACUUCAUGCUGAUGGUCAUUCUUCCUGCCAAGGUUUACCAUUACCAACAUGGCCAGAGACGCAGCCCAAACAACGCUGUGUGUAAGACGACGCACUUCUUGCUGUUUCUCAACCGAGGGGCCAGCAUCGCCUUCCUCAUCACGCUCUCCAUCGACCGAUACUUCAAUGUGGUUCAUCUCGGGAGGAGGAACUUUGUCAAAGUGCUGAAGAAAACGCCUCAAAUCUCCAUCCUCAUCUGGGUUCUCUUGCUGCCCCUCACCAUCCCCACUAUGGUCAAAACGUUUGAGUGCUGCAACAGCCACGGCCGCAUUCAUGAGACGCCUUCUCACGAUGUGACGGACACCUUUAGAGAGAUCGUCUACUUCACGCAGAUCCUCAUCCCCUUCAUCAUCCUCGUCUACUGCACUGUGCGCAUUGUGAACCGGCUGCAGAGGAAGACCGUGGGCGAGAAGACCAAACUGAGGCGAGCGGUGCUGGUGGUCAUAUCUGUCGUUGUCGUGUUCGCCCUCUGCUUCCUGCCGAGCACUAUAGCCAGAGCGGUGCUGCUGGCCGUCAGGCUGAUGGAGUGCCAGGUCGAAGAGGACGUUGUGGUUCAGGUGUACGACAGCCUCAUGGUGCUGUCUUACAGCGACUGCCUGCUGGACCCGCUGGUUUACUGCUUUUGUAACUCAGGCUUCAAAGAGGCUUACAUUUCCACCUUCUGUCCCCAGUUUCUACAGAGGAAACUGUUGAAAGCUGACUUUGGAUUGGGAACAACAACCACAACAACCAUAACUGUGACUUCUGGUAAUAAAACUGUGUCCUUGCCGAUAGUAGAGAAAUGAUCAUGUAUAUCCCUUCGGGGUGUUUAUUUACUGAGAGCCAAACCACUGUUCCACAUAGGUGUUUUCAGCAGCCCUAGCAGAUGACACUUUUUCUCAGAAAACAUUGGAUUUUGCGAUACUGAUAAAUGCCAUUUACUCUAAGGCUGAAACACAUCAGGCACGAAAGUUGCCCGACAAAACGCCUCCUCCGCAGAGCUCAUCAUUUUAUCUGAUCAAACCACUAUCGACAAAAAUGCAGGGCAUGCUUAUUGUUUAUCUGGAACUGGUGCUGUUCCUUGGUACUAUGUGCUCACACACACACACACACACACACACACACACACACACACACACACACACACACACACACACACACACACACACACACACUUGUUCUUUGUGGGUUACUUUCUGCAUGUAUCUCUACAAACCGUUUAAUUACAUUUUUUUGGAACUAAAGAGACUAUCUUUUUUAAUAUUUCAAAAAACAAUAAUAUCUUUUUGCUAUUUUUGUAUGUGAAAUUAACAUUCAUAUAUGCUCAAUAAUGUGUCAUAUUAAAUGUACUACAAGAGAAUAGUCAGCAGUAGUAGGCGACUGGGCAAUAUGGAGAAAAUCCGAUAUUUUUGAUCAAAUACCACAGUGUCGAUAUUGGUGCGUUCAUAAAAUAUUGACAUAAAGAGUUUUAUAAUGAAUAACCAUCAUUAAUCAGUAAUGUAGAUAUGAUGACUUAGUGGGUGCAUGCAAAUCAAAGAUAUCAAAUUCACUUUCCAGUAAUGCAGCCUUUAAAACCAAGAAAAGACAACACCAUAUUACGAUAUUAUGAUGACGACAUUUAGUCUCAUAGAACAAUAUAUUUACAAUCCCCAGCCCUAGUCUGCAUACAAUGAAUCAGAAAUUGAUCAAAAUCUCAAAUGUGGACUAUCGCUAACCAAGUUGCAGGAGGUGCAAUCUUUUUUCGGAGAAGAAACAUGUUAAAAAAAACUUUUGAAUAAGCCUUAACAUUUUUAGAGUUUAUUGUGGAAGUAUCUGCAAACAGUUUGGGUGUCUUUAUGUGGAUUAUCAGGGACGUGUACUCAUAUAGCUCAUGUAAUGUGGCUGCUUCCGUUAAAAUGUAAAAUCCAAUUAGAAAAAAUGGAUUAUAAGCAUUUUUUAUAUUUAUUUUUCUAUAAUAUUAUUGAGUUUAUUGUAUAAAGGCAUUUUAAUUUAUUAGGAUAUAUUUCAGGCCAGGAUUUAAGGCAUCAGUUGUGAUUGCGUUCUACCACUUAUGAUGGCCUUUGUACCUAUAAUUACAAAGUAUUCAGCAGUCAAGUAAAACAUGCUCUGCAGGUACUUUUACAGUGUUUGCAAAACUCUCAUGUAUCACUCAGGAAACUCUAUAUCUCUGCAUUCAUCAUCAUUACCUCAAACCAGUUUCACCUGUCCUCAUUGAGAUUUACCAUCAGUGAACAUUACAUUUCAAUAUUUCACAAUUGCUCCUUCAAAGUGUUGUAAUGCAUUUCUUCAAUUGACUCGUUUUGUUUCCUUUUUUAUGAAUCAGAGUAAGAACAAGCCUUUUUGUAUUCUGUUUCCUGAAAUGAGGUCAUAAUGUCAAACCUACGUGGACUGCAAAAACCUGGAAGGCUGUUUUAAACGCUUGUCAUUAAGGCUGUAUAUAAACAUGUGAUGUUGAUUAUCAAAAAAUAAUUAUUUGUAUUAGAUUGAGGUACUGACUGGGGAUGUUUGUAUACUGCUGCUGUAAAUAAAGAGAAUUCAUGUCUUGGCAAUGCAACGACAUGCAGAGCUUUUACUGUGAAA